GGGCGGGGCGGGCCUGGCCGCUAUUAAAGGCGCUGGGCCAGGAGCAGCCGCGGGCGUGUUUUCGUGUGGUGCUGGAAGCUAUGGCGACUUACGUGCAGCUGAACACCGGGGCCAAGAUGCCUAUCCUUGGGCUGGGCACAUGGAAGUCCCCACCAGGGAAAGUAACAGCUGCAGUGGUAGCUGCUAUUGAUGCUGGGUACCGUCACUUGGAUUGUGCCUACGUUUAUCAAAAUGAAAAUGAAGUUGGGGAUGGGAUCCAGCAGAAAAUCAAGGAAGGAGUUGUGAAACGAGAGGAUCUCUUUGUUGUCAGUAAGCUGUGGUGCACAUUUCAUGAAAAGUCUCUGGUGAAAGGAGCCUGCCAGAAAACUCUCACUGCCCUGAAAUUGGAUUACUUGGAUCUCUACCUCAUUCACUGGCCUCUUGGUUUCAAGGCAGGAGAGGAGCUGUUCCCCACAGAUGACAAAGGUGUCUUUAUACCCAGCAACACAGAUAUUCUGCAGACAUGGGAGGCCAUGGAAGAGCUGGUGGAUGCUGGUCUUGUAAAAGCCAUUGGAAUCUCCAAUUUCAACCAUGAUCAGAUUGAAAGAAUCCUGAACAAGCCAGGACUGAAGUACAAGCCUGCAAAUAACCAGAUUGAGUGCCAUCCAUACCUUACCCAGGAGAAGCUGAUCAAGUACUGUCAGUCCAAAGGGAUUGCUGUGACAGCCUACAGUCCACUUGGCUCUCCUGACAGGCCAUGGGCUAAGCCAGAGGAUCCUUCCCUUCUGGACGACCCCAAGAUCAAAGAGAUUGCAACCAAGCACAACAAAACUCCAGCACAGGUUCUCAUUCGUUUCCACAUCCAGAGAAAUGUGAUUGUGAUUCCCAAGUCUGUCACACCACAGCGCAUUGUGGAGAACUUCCAGGUGUUUGACUUUGAAUUGACUAAAGAGGAGAUGGCAACUAUUCUUAGCUUCAACAGGAACUGGAGAGCCUGUGAAAUGCAAGCGUGCAAAACUCACAAGGACUACCCUUUCAAUGCAGAAUACUGAAGAUGGUUGCCUGCCUUUCUCCAGCUCUCUCCAGAUACACUGUUGCUGUUGCCUACGAGUUGUCUACAUAGCUUUCUCAGACUCAUCCCACUGCCUCUUUCCCCCCUCCUUCCCUAACAAAGAUGCCGUAUAUGUAUUUGAUUGCUUUGUGGAUUUGUUGGUUUGUUUGGAAGAAAUGCAGAAAUGGUUCUGAAGAGCACACUGAGGACUAGCAGAUUGUCUUUGCCAAACAGGGUGGCUGGAAUGGGUAAGCAGAAAACCCUGUGAAAGUUUGAACAAGCAGUCACUUCUACUUUGGAGCACAGCUAGUGGCUGUUGUUUAGAAGGACCAGGAUAUUGGCAGAUUUCAUGUGACUAAUGAGGUCUGCUUUUUUUCUGAUUACUUUUUGGGUUGGUUUUGCUGGGUUUGUAACACUCCAUGCCUCUUUUUAUUUUCCUUUAAUCUGAAGUACAAAUUGAUUUCUAAGUACAGCAGUUUCUACCUGGGUAGCUCUUUGAAAAAGUGUAUAGGUCCUGGUUUCUUGGUCAUAUAAAGACUGGUUUUGCUUACAAUAAAAUAGUUUCAUCACUGUG